AUGCAUGUGAUCUUUUGGGGGCUCCAGGAUCACCUUAAGGAGGUGCUUCAAUCUCUCCCUGAUAGUAUCUCACCACAUCUUCGCAAUGGUGUAGUUGCAGCUCAUGAAAAGUUGAGUGAAUACUAUUAUAAGUAUGAUGAGUCUCCUCUGUACACCUGGGCUGCAUUUCUAGAUCCACAUAUUUCUUAUGAGGAAAUGCAUGAUGAUUACACUGGUGACCAUUUGUUGGCCAACUACCUCAAGGAUGCCAAGCGUGAUCUCUACAAUUAUUACAACACAUUAUGCUGGUCAAGCUCUCCACAAAAGGUUGACUUCACAUCUAGAUACUGGAAGAAGACUGUUGUUGUCGACGAGCUAACAGCAUACUUCAACCUGCCUUGA